GGCGCGCCCAGGCUCUGGGCUCCGACCGCCCGGGCGCCCAGCGGCAUCUGCGGGCCCAAAGUUCACGCCCGCUGGGUACUGAGCCGGGGUUUUGUGCACCAGCCGGCGGCUGGCUCAGGCGCGUUUCUGGAGGAGCGGGAGCAUGUGCGCUUUGUUGAAUGGGACCCAGAGCUGCGGCGCUGUAGAGGGGGAUUUUCUGGGUGUAAAGGGAGUCACGAGGGAUGCAGGUCUCUGCUGCGCCGGUACAGGAAACCUCCAUGCUAGAGCCAUAUCAUGUCCAAUUCAUCAUCCAGCAACAACUAACACCCCAAAGCCUGGAGCUGCUCUUUCUGCUGCCUGACUUUACCUCAGAGUGACAGAGGAGGCUUUUUAAAACCGACUCCCCUGCCCCCCCAUCCCAGCCCCUUACCAAGUGAUUUGCUGUGAUGGAUUUCAGAUGAACAUGUGUAAGGCAUAUUCAGCAGAACCUGGUCUAGCCUAAGAAUUUGCCUAGAAAAGUCCAGAAGCACAAGAUGACAGACGAGCCCAUUAAAGAGAUUCUGGGAGCUCCAAAGCAUCCUGACCCCGUAACGAUGGAGAAGAGCAAUAACAAUGACUGUGUGGUAGCCACUGUCCCUUUGGUCAGUGAGUGCCAGCUGACUGCAGCAACCGGAGGAGCGGAGCUGUCCUGUUACCGUUGCACUAUCCCCUUUGGCGUGGUCAUUCUUAUAGCUGGAGUGGUGGUCACCGCCGUGGCGUAUAGCUUCAAUUCCCACGGCUCAAUCAUCUCAGUGUUUGGACUGGUCCUCCUGUCAUCUGGACUCCUCUUGCUGGCUUCUAGCGCCUUGUGCUGGAAAAUCAGGCAACGGCACAAGAAAGCCAAAAGGCGUGAGAGUCAGACAGCGCUUGUGGCGAAUCAGAGAAGCUUGUUUGGUUAGAGACUACCAGGAAAACAUUGAACAGAAGAGCGCUCCCUUGUAAGUCAAUUUGACUAUUUAUUGAUAAGUCAGACUGCAGGAGGUUUUUGACUGGAUUGGAAUGAAAAUGGGUUGGAUUAAGAGACUCUAGGAGCAUCUUUGGAAUUGUUAGUAUCUGUCAUUUCACAGACUUACAGAAAGUGAUAUUUCUUCCAAGACAGAGGGGGGGAAAGAGGUGGAUUUUAUUUUUUUUUCCUUCACAGAAAACAAAUUUGUCAUAACUGCGGUCAAGAGAAUUAGUCAACACUCAGAUACUAUUGGAAAGGGAGCCCGGUGAACAAUCAAGAAAAUAACUUAACCUGAUCUGAUGUGCCAGAAACCUGCUUAAAAAUAAUACUCACUGUGAGGCCUGUCCAAGGGAGGAGUUGUAGCAUUUGAACAGAUGACAAAAAAACCCCAUGUGAUAGAUUGCCUUUGACUUACGUUGUUCUAGGGACAAACAACUGUGAUUGCUCAAUAAGCUGAUGUGAGGAUGGCAGGUCAUUUUGGUUUGUUCCAAUGAGUUAUCGGUGGUACUUUUAAAAAAAAAACAAAAAACAAAAAACAGUAACAUUAAACUUGUUUUGCUAUUGAAUAGAGGUAGGUCGCUAUUUGUAAUUAUAUUUGUCCAACAUAAAUAACGAGGUAUGAGUAUAGCUUAAAAAAAAGUGAGUUUUUUGUAAAUUAAAGUGGUCGGAUUUAGCACUUUUGAUGAGUUUGAUAUAAAAAAAGAUGAAAAGUGUACAUUUCAUUUAAAAUAAUAAACAUUCAGUGCUGCUAGA